AUGUCUCCAAUCGAGUCUAGAUCCCUCGCCCUGCGGCCGCACAAAUCCCCGGCCCACAUCUUCGUCAAGUCCCAAUUCUGCACCAAGCCGCAACGCCUUACUCUCACGCCAUCGACCUCCCUCGCCGGCAAGACCGCCAUCAUCACGGGCGGCAGCACGGGCCUGGGUCUUCUAGCCGCUCAGCACUUCCUCUCGCUUGACCUCUCGCGCCUGAUUCUCGCCGUCCGCAACCUGGCCAAGGGUGAGAAGGCGGCCGCCGGGCUGCGCGCCAAGCACCCCCGCGCAACGGUCGAGGUGUGGGAGCUCGAAAUGAGCGACUACGACUCCGUCCUUGCCUUUGCCCAGAGAGUGGACGGCGAGUUCUCGAGUACCGCCGCGGCCGAGGCCGGCGGGUCCACGGACAGGAAGCGGCUGGACAUUGCCGUUCUAAACGCCGGCAUGGUCGCCGCCGAGUUCACGCGCAACAGGAAGACGGCGCACUGCGAGGUUGUGCAGGUGAACUACCUGUCGACGUUCCUACUUGCAAUGCUGCUGAUGCCGGUGAUGAGGGACAGGGAGGGGAAGAACCCAGGCAGGCUGUCGAUUGUGAACUCUGGGGGGGUGUAUGCCGCCAAGCUGCCCAACCGGCACAAGAGGCCGUUUUUGGCGUCGUUUGACGACCUGGCCGUGCAGCCGUGGGACGCCAUGGAGCGGUACUUUAGCACCAAGAUCCUGGGCAUGUUGUUCAUGGUAAAGCUGCUGGACUACCUGCCCUCGGCGGACGAGUUGGUGAUGAACCUUGUUGAUCCAGGUUUCUGCAAGGGAACCGAGCUACAUCGCGAAGGCAAAGGGCUACUGGGCGCCGUCAUGUCGAUGGCUAAGUCGCUUACAGGGCGCGAGUUGGAGGAUGGUGCUUGGACCUAUGUCGAUGCUGCUGUUGUCCAGGGCAAGGAGUCGCAUGGCUGUUUCAUCAUGGACUGGGAUAUUCGCCCAUUCCAUUAUGUCGUCUAUGAGCCGGAGGGGCCAGCCCUGAUGAACACACUGUUCGAGGAAACAAUGACGGAGCUCGAGUUUGCGGGAGUCCGAGAGGUGCUGCAGAGUCUGAAAAGCAAGUGCUGA